AGGGAUUCAGUCGGUCAUCCCACCUGCGGACACACCAGUCAGUUCACACUGGGCAGAGGCUGGUCAUCUGUUGAAUUUUGGGGAAGCAUUCACUCGGUCAUCUGACCUAAUGGCUCACCAGCGAGGUCACACCGGGGAGAGGCCGUUCACCUGCUCGGAAUGUGGGAAAGGAUUCACUUGCUCAUCUAAACUGAAAUUACAUCAGCGUGUUCACAGUGGGAAGAGGCCAUUCACCUGCUCAGACUGUGGGAAGGGAUUCAGCUGGUCCUCUCACCUGAAGGUACAUCAGCGAGUUCACACUGGAGAGAGGCCAUUCACCUGCUCAGAGUGUGGGAAGGGAUUCACUAUGUCAUCUAAUCUGAAGAUACAUCAGAGAGUUCAUACUGGAGAGAGGCCGUUCACCUGCUCAGACUGUGGGAGGGGAUUUACUUGCUCAUCCAAACUGAAAGUACACCAGCGAGUUCACACUGGGGAGCAGCUGUUCACCUGCCCGGACUGUGGGAAGGGAUUCACUUGCUCAUCCGAACUGAAAGUACACCAGCGAGUUCACACGAGAGAAAGGCCAUUCAUCUGCUUAGACUGUGGGAAGGGAUUCACUCAGUCAUCCCAUCUGAAGGUUCACCAGCGAAUUCACACUGGGGAGAGGCCGUUCAUCUGCUCGGACUGUGGGAAGGGAUUCGCUUGCUCAUCCGAACUGAAGGUACAUCAGCGAGUUCACACUGGGGAGUGGCCGUUCACCUGUUCAUACUGUGGGAAGGGAUUCAGCUGGUCUUCUCAACUGAAGUCACAUCAGAGAUUUCACACUGGAGAGAGGCCAUUCACCUGCUCAGACUGUGGGAAGGGAUUCACUGCGUCAUUCCACCUGAAGGUACAUCAGAGAGUUCAUACUGGAGAGAGGCCGUUCACUUGCUCAGUCUGCGGGAGGGGAUUUACUUGCUCAUCCAACCUAAUGGCUCACCAGCGAGUUCACACUGGGGAGAGGCCAUUCACCUGCUUAGACUGUGGGAAGGGAUUCACUUGCUCAUCCGAACUGAAGUUACAUCAGCGAGUUCACACUGGGGAGCGGCCGUUUGCCUGCUCAGACUGUGGGAAGGGAUUCUCUGUUUCAUCCCAGCUACUGAGUCACCAGUCAGUUCACACUGGGGAGAGGCCAUUCAUCUGCUCGGACUGUGGGAAGGGAUUCACUCAGUCAGCUCAACUGAAGGUACAUCAGCGAGUUCACACCGGGGAGAGGCCAUUCGCCUGCUCAGUCUGUGGGAAGGGAUUCAAUUGGUCAUCUCACCUGCAGAGACACCAGUCAGCCCACACGGGGAAAUGGCCAUUCACCUGCUCAGUCUGUGGGAAGGGAUUCACUUGGUCAUCUAAGCUGAAUAGACAUCUGCAAAUUCACACUGGAGAGAGGCCGUUCACCUGCUCUGUCUGUGGGAAGGGAUUCACUGAGUCAUCUGAACUGAAGAUACAUCAGCGAGUUCACACUGGAGAGAGGCCGUUCACCUGCUCAGUCUGUGGGAAGGGAUUCAUUCGGUCAUCUACCCUGAAGGUACAUCAGCGAGAUCACACUGGGGAGAGGCCGUUCACCUGCUCAGAAUGCGGGAAGGGAUUCACUCGGUCAUCCGCCCUACAAGCACACCGUUCAGUUCACACUAGGGGGAGGCCGUUCACCUGCUCAGACUGUGGGAAGGGAUUCACUUCAUCAUCUGAACUGGAGAGACACCAGCAAGUUCACACUGGGUAGAGGCCGAUCUCCUGCUCAGAGUUUGGCAUAAGAUUCUCUCAGCCAAAUCAACUGAAUGUGCAUCAUUGAGUUCACACUGGGGAGAGGCUUUUCACCUGCUGUGAAUGUGGGAAGCGAUUCACUCAGUCAUCUAACCAUAUGCAACUCUCACUUCGGCUAGCAGCUUAACUUUUGGAGUGAUAGCUCCCCAACCCAGCCAACUUAAGAAAUCUCAUUUGGGUGGAUGCUUCAUGAUGUGUCCCGUUCCAAAUCAGUACACUGAAAUAACAAACUGUACACAAUAUGUGAUUAAACAAUUGAGAUUUAUAAUUCCUACUUAGACUAUAGGGUUAGUAAAGAAAACAAAAAGAAAGAAAAAGGGCCCACUCUCUCCAUUCACAUCUUCUCAUUUCUCCCCAGCAAAAGGUGGUGAAAUUCUCUCUUCCAGACUCACAGGAAAGAACAACAUUACUGCCAUUGGAUAGCCCCGCACUCCAAAAUCCUGUUAUCACUAGUCAUAACCAAAAUAUUGCUGCUACAGAGAAACCAUUACCUCAGCAGUGAAACAUGACAGAGAGGCCGUUACAUUAGCAGUGAAACCUUACAGAAUGUUAUACUUGUGACACACUACCGGGUUUACACUGGGGAGGAAGUUUCAAUGAGCUGCACGCUGGAUAUUUCUCCAUCACCAUUGCUGAAUGCUACUUCAAGACUGACUGUUGGUGCUGAACUCUGCAAUUAUUGCUGCUGCUCACCACACCCAGUUCUUCACCCUGGUCACUGGGCAUGGGAGGAGUUUCUUCUGCUGCACAUUCACCUUUAAUGGGACUGGAGUUUAAUAUUCUGCAGCUGAGACAAAUAAAUCAGUUCUAUUUUAAAUUUUGUCUUUGGAACUCUGUGAGUUUAUAACACAACUAGUGUACUCAGUCCGGCUGGACCCUGCCAAUGAUUCUAUUCCUUGACAGUCCUUUUAAAUCCUCCCCUAUUGUUCAUCUCCUGCUUCCCUGUGCUGAUGGGUUCCAAGCCAGUGGUGAAGAGGUUUCCCUUAAAUUUUCUACUGACUGAUGAAGUCACAUAGAUUGCAGUUCUGUCUCAGAUGUUCUUCACCCCUCAAAUCUCUGGGCUGACGAAGAAUGACACUGGGAGUUAACCUUAUUCUGGGCACAUUUCCAUAUUUUGGGCCAUUUUCCCUGCUUCUAAAGGGUUGUUAGAAAACACCACUCUCCUCUAAAGACUGAAAGCCAAAUGGGAAACCAUCCAUUGGAUGUUCAACGAAGCAGGGUCAGAAACCAGAGGUGGGUCCACACAUUGCAGAGUUUGGGGGUCUGGACAAUGGUUGGGAUAAGAAUGUAUGCCGGUACAUCGUUGGGAUGUCUCCCAUGGAGGGUCAUACUCAUUCCACUGGUUAAUGUUUUCUUCCAGAGUGAUGAUUCAUUUUACUGAGUUGGCCUCUCAUUUAAGUUUUCUGGUCUUCUUAGCACAAUUGCACAUACACUCUUGGAGUGCUGAAUCCUGUUUACUUUUGAAGAAAGUAUACACCUAAAAGUUUUAUCUGACUGUUGUGUGAUUUUUUUUUUCAUUUGUGUUAUUCCUCUUCCUCCUGUCUAAGGUGCUGUUUGAGUGUAAGUAGUCUUUUUUGAAGUUUUCUAAAGUUCUUAUUUAUCUUUGUAAAUUUUACUGAUUGAAGUGGGACUAAGGUAUUUUUAUUUAGAAAAAGUCAGUGUCUGUACUGAUGAAAGUGUUUAUUGCCUUUGUUGUAUUUGUUAAUUAUUGAGCUCUGUUUGGGUUAGGGUUAGGGUGUUCCUUCACUACACCCCCUCUCGCAGUUUCACCUAUCACCUGCCACUUCUUCCACCCCUCUCACCCCAACACAUUUUCCUCUGACGUCUCAUCUUUUUUUUCCCCAGUCCUGAUGAAGUGUCUCACCCCGAAAUGUCAACUGUUUACUAUUUCCCAUAUUUACUUCCUGGCCUCCUAGGUUCCUCCAGAAUUUUGUGUAUGUGUUGCUUGGAUUUCCAGCAGCCACAGAUUUUCUCCUGUUUUUGAUUAAAAACAAAAGCAGGGUCAGCGGCAAGGAAACAGUGGAAAGAUCGGAAAGCUUUUACAUAACUAACAGGAGACAAUUGAAAAAUAGAACACAGGAGAGACAAGAUGAAAAAUUAAGGUGUGAGCCAAUAAUAUCAAGUAUCAAUAGCUGCUCAUAUGUAGAAAUAUUAAAAAAGAGGCGAGUUGAUAUUGUACCACUGGAAGAUGAUGCUGGCAAUAGAGUAAAGAAAUAGCCACCGAACGUAACAAGUACUUUGUGUCAUUCUUCACUGUAUAAGACAAUAAGACAUAGGAGCAGAAUUAGUCCAUUCAGCCCAGCAAGUCUGCCUCAUCGUUCUAUCGUGGAUGAUCCCAGUUCUCACUCAACCCCAUGCACCUGCCUCCUCGGCAUAUCCUGU